AUCAAAUCACUUCCUGUGCCAGGAUCUCUACCUAUCAGCUGACGGGAGAGAAGUUUGAAUUAAGGCUCCUAUGCGGUCGCAAUGCCCUUGGAGGUGAGUUGGCCUUUCCCACAGUGCCCCCGACUGGGAUGGAGGCUGUCCAGCUCCCUGGUAAUGGGCAUGGUGGGAUCCUAUAGCUUCUUAUGGACCAGAUACAUGAACUGCAUGAAAGUGCACAACCAGAAUGUUCUCCUGGACUUAAUUGAUCAACGUCCCAAGGACCGUCCUCUCAUCACUCUGUCCAAUCAUGAGUCCUGCAUGGAUGACCCACACAUAUGGGGGGUGCUGAAGCUUCGGCAGUUGUGGAACUUCAAGAAAAUGAGAUGGACCCCUGCAGCCUCUGAUAUCUGCUUUACCAAGGAGUUCCACUCACGCUUUUUCAGUAGAGGGAAGUGUGUACCAGUGUGUCGAGGUGAUGGGGUUUAUCAGAGAGGCAUGGACUUCCUUUUGGACAGACUCAAUCGAGGGGAUUGGGUACAUAUAUUCCCUGAGGGAAAGGUCAACAUGACCCACGAGUGGAUACGGUUGAAAUGGGGUGUGGGAAGAUUGAUAGCUGAAUGUACUCUUGAUCCAAUUAUCUUGCCUAUGUGGCAUUUGGGUAUGAACGAUGUCCUACCCAAUACUCAUCCCUACAUACCCCGGACUGGAAAGCCAAUUACAAUUUACGUGGGGAAGCCUUUUACUGUGAAACACCUUGUGGAUUCGCUAAAAGCAGAAAACAAAAGCCAGAUGGAGAUGAGGAAGGUCCUCACAGACUUCAUCCAGGAGGAGUUCCGCAGCUUAAAAUCCCAAGCGGAGGCCCUGCAUCAGCGGAUACAGAACCAAGGAUGAGGCCUUGGCUGGCACUUUCGACUACCCUCAGGGACAAGGCUGAAGAAGGCCAGAGCAUAUGACCAGAUCAGCCAGCCUCCUGAAAAAUCACAUGUAUACACACACACGCAUACAUACACACAAACAUACAUACAUACCAGACACUCACCACAGCAGCAGGUGGACCACAAAUAUAUCUGAUACUCAUCAGAUAGCAGGAUUCCUUUUUUACAGUUUUCUGAUUAUCCUGUCCCUCUUGAAACAAUCCCAGCUGGAACAACAACUGCAAUGGGCUUUUUAAAAGUGCAUGUGCCAAAUUGUUUAGCCUGGAAGCUGUAUUUACCCUGAGUGCUGAAUAAUGAAGACAUGUCAUGUACAGUUUAGAGGCAAUCACUUUCUGAUUGCCUCAUUAACAUUACUGAGUGUCUCAACCAAGAAGUGGACUUGUGAAGGAACUUGGUUGUGAAGGGGAAUUAGUAUUUUUUAUAACUCACUAUUUAACAGUGGUGUUUCCAUGAGAAAUGUAUGCCCAUUUUUGCCAGUUUUUCAAAAGUUUCAAAAAUGUAGUUGCUAUAUUUAGAUUUUUGAGGCAGUCAGUGAACUAUAUAUACACUACUCACAAAAAGUUAGGGAUAUCUGGCUUUCGGGUGAAAUGUAAUGUUUCAGUACAGAAAGUGUUGGACAUGUGCAUUCAAAAGUUUAGAAAAGGUCACAUUAAGUUCACCUGUAAAGAGUAUAAUGGAUUUUUGGUUUAUCCUAAAAUUUCACCCGAAAGCCGAAUAUCUCUGACUUUUUGUGAGUAGUGUAUGUAUAGCGAAUAUACACGUUUCAUAUCUAUAAGUGCGGUCUAUGCCAGGUAGACUGAAAAUGGCCUAAAGUGUCUGUUGUACAUCAUUCAUUGAUAACCUACUUUACAAUUAAAUGUUUCUAGUGUAUGCAAAUUUACAGCCGACUGAAUCAUCUCCCCUCUAAAAUUAUCUGGCAUUAGUAUUCUAUCAGACUGAAAUGGUUUUAGUUAUUGCAUACUGAGACUCAGCAAGUAUUCUAGUUGAUAUUUGACUUGCUGAUAUUUAAGGUUUCCGAAUUUGUGCUUAAAUUAUUGAUGUAGGAGUAUUUAUGUUGGUGCCAUGGUUUUUCUCUGUGCCCUUUCCACUUACUUGUUUGUAAUAGAGCAGCUUGGAAUGACUAAACUAUUUAAUAAUUUACCUCCUAUUUUUAUAAACAGUUAUUUUGAAUUACCUCUUGAUUCUGUACCCUUGUGCACCCCCCCCCUUUUUUUUCCCCAUCUCACCUGGCAGAUAGCACCAAAUGGAUUUUGUGUCCGUCCUGUCAGCAUGUGAUUAAAACUCUGCCUCAAGUCAAAUUGUUUCACUUUACCUACAGUGAAUAAAAUAUUUAUUUGA